AUGGCUUUCGCGCACGACGCAACUCUGCAGCUUGUUGCGCGGGUGCAGCUUGAAGAACUCAUUGCGUUCAAGGCACAGUACCCAGAGCAAGAUGUCUGGCCACCUUACAUCCACGACUUGGAGGCUGUUCGUCCCCACUUGGAACUUGUCGCCGUAGGGGGCGUAGUGUUCAACGAAGAGGCUAUCAAUGCUCGUGUAAACAAAGGCUUUUUUGCCGCCGAGUAUGAUCUCGAAGAGCUUCGCGCUACAUCUCCUUCUGCCACGGCACCUACUCGCCAGGUCUAUGGACCCGUUACCGCUGCUGCUGGCACCACGGACGAGUUUCGCGUAGACGGACAGUCGGACAACGUCGAAGAGGAUGCCUAG